CAACCCACAUUGUAUUUCAUCUUUCUUCGCCUUUUUUGUUUGAGCAAACAGCUGAAAUGGCAGAGUCCCAAAAGUCGAAUGGAAGCGAUGCUGAUCACGUUAAGGACAUCACAGAGAGCAAGUCCUCGCCAAUGUCGACAGCUAAAGCUAAGAUUUGUCGCAUUUUUGGGAGAGACAACAACAAGCUUUUCAGAGGCAGUGCACCUGCUGAUAUUUUCCUCUGGAGAAACAAAAAGAUUACUGCUGGUGUGCUUGGUUUCGCAACUGCUAUUUGGGUGCUUUUCGAAUUGCUUGAAUACCAUUUUCUUACUCUAGUAUGCCAUGUGCUUAUCCUCGCUCUGACUUCCGUUUUCUUAUGGUCGAAUGCAUCCACCUUGUUCAAAAGGUCUCCACCUACAAUUCCAGAAGUUAGACUUCCUGAAGAUGUCGCCUUGGGCGUUGCUAGUGCCCUUAGAAUUGAAAUAAAUGGAGCUCUUGCAUUCCUACAUGGCAUUGCAGCAGGAAAAGAUGUGAAGAAAUUUGUAAUUGUGAUUGCUGGUCUAUGGGUAUUUUCAGUUAUUGGGAGUUGCUGCAAUCUUCUGACAUUGUUUUACAUUUCUUUCUUGUUGCUGCAUACGGUGCCUGUGGUUUAUGAGAAGUAUGAGGUCAAAAUCGAUUGCUUUGCCAAGAAAGUCCUUCAUUUCUACCACUUGCAAGCGGAGAAAGCCAAAGCUGAGAUCAAGCAGCAGUAUGCAGUAUUUGAUGAUAAGUUUUUGAGUAAGAUUCCUAAAGGAUUACUGAAAGGAAAGAAGUUUAUAUAGAGAUGCAGCAGGAUCAAGUUGUUAUUAUCUUUGGCUGUAUGUUGGUAUCUGUACCGUUACUGUUGUGACUUUUACCCGCUGGAGACAUAUUUGAUCAGCUUUCCUUCAAGAUUAACAGGUUCCCUAUUCUGAUGUGGAUUCUAUGUUUCAUCAGAUGCUGCGUUUCUCCAAAGCACUUUGGUCGUAACGUGUGGUUUUCCCUGUAA